GUCAACGUAAAUUUAAUACAUAAAUAGUUGUCAAAAGGAAGGAAGUAUUGUAGUCGAGGGAAGUUCCCUGGUGGUUUUACCCCAACUUUCUGGGAAACCAAAGAAGAAUGUAGGAAAAUUCCAAUGCAUUUCAUUUACAAUAAAAUUUUGAAGGCGGCCGGCUUCAAAGCUUUCACUACCGGUGUACUCAUUUCUGGCCGCUUCUGCACGUUUGAAUAGUAACUAUAUUAAAAAACAUCCCUCUCAACUUCCCCCUGACUUAUUGAUUUGUUUUCUUUUCUUCUGUUUUCCUUUUCCUCUUUUACCUAAUUUCUACCAUGAAUGUUUUUUAUUUUUAAUAUUUCAUUCCUUUCCCCUUCCUCCAUCCAUUUCCUUUUUAGCUCUGUCAAGUCAAUGUGGUGAUGACUCGCCCCUUCAAUGAAAUAUAACCUUUUGAUUGCAUUAGAAUGAUCUAUUGUAUUUAUAUAACUUAUCGCGCUAGGAUGGCCAUGUUUUUCUUAGCUCGUUAUACGAAUGACCAUCCGUAUGGCGAUAUGUUAUAAAGAUUGUGUUUUCAUGAAUAUCUCACACUAUGAAGAUCUUAACGAAUUUGUGAUAAAAAAUGAAUCUCUAUACGUUACAAAACUGGAUGCUUUGAUGUGGGUGGGUCAUUGAUGAUAAGAAGGGGUCAUUUUUUUUGUACUCGUGGAUUAAUUCCGAAAGUGGGAUCUCCAAAUUCUUGUAAAAAACAUUAAUGGCGAAGACCAAAGAUAAAAUGUUUAGAGAUGAGGGGAUUUUGGACCUAUUUUCUACCGUUUUGUAGUGAUUUGUUCUUUGGAUUUUUCAAGGAGAAUGAAUUGGACAUGGAAAUGGGUGUGUCUGAGACAUGUUUGUUUCUGUAAGAAUUUGGUUAUUUCUUUUUAUUAAACAUGAAACUUCAUUAGCUAAUCAAUGUCUGUCCAUGUUCGUUGGUAUUCAGAGUUGGUGGUCAAGGUUUAACUCAGUCAGCGUUAAUAUUCUAAGAAGCAAGUUGUUCAUGUCAAUUGUCACACGAGAAAUCUUAAAAUUUAUUAGUGAUUUUAAUACAAAAAAGAAGGAGAAAACAAAUAUCAUAUAUUAGUCAACAAGAAAAUCAUAAAGAAGAAGGGCUUCUUGUGCAAAUAUAUAUAAUGGGGAAAGCAAAGCUCUAGGCUUCUCCCUCUUUCUGAAAAGAAUGACAAAGUUUCCCUUUCUGUUUUCUUUUUUGUUCUUUGCUCUGAUAGUUUCUGGGAAUCAUGAAACUCAAAGAACUGUGAGCUCAAAGAUGGUUGAUGGUGGAAGAGGAAAAAUAGGAGCCAUUGUAGACAAAAACUCUAGGAUUGGUAAGGAAGAAAGUUUAGCUAUGUUGAUGGCUGUAGAGGACUUCAACAACAUCAAUUAUCAAAAUUUCAGUUUUGUCAUCAAAGACUCCAAGAAUGAUCCUAAUCAAGCGGCUCUGGCGGCUGAAGAUCUGAUCAGUAUGCAACAAGUUCAGGUUCUCAUAGGGCCACAAACCUGGGAAGCAGUUUCUGUGGUUGCCAAGGUUGGAAGUGAGAAUAAGAUUCCGGUUCUAGCCUUGGCUAAUGACAUGCCAAAAUGGGCAACUGAGAGAUUAGCUUUUUUGGUUCAAGCUUCUCCAUCUCAGUUUAAUCAAAUGAGGGCCGUUGCUGCUAUUAUUGGUUCGUGGGAUUGGCGACUGGUUAAUGUUAUAUAUGAAGAUGGAGAUUUCUCUACCGCAGAUAUAUUUUCUAACCUUGAACAUGCUCUCAAAGAUGUAGGAGCUGAAAUAAGUGAACUUGUGAGUCUCCCUCAGUUUGAUUCUAAUUUAUUGUCCAAUGAAUUAGAGAGGCUAAGAAGAGGGCCAAGUAGAGUUUUUGUAGUUCACACGUCUUUCAAGUUUGGAUUGCAUCUAUUUCAAACUGCAAAAGAGAUGGGAAUGAUGGAAAAAGAGUAUGUUUGGAUCACUACUGAUUCUUUCACAAGCCUUGCACACUCUUUUAAUGUUUCUGUCAAUUCUUUACUUCAAGGAGUUAUUGGAGUCAAGAGUUACUUUCCGGAAAACCAUCCUCCAUUUCGUAAGUUUUAUCGUAGGUUCUGUAGCAGGUUUAGAAUAGAGCAUUCUGAUGAGUACAACCAUGAGCCUAGUAUUUUCGCCGUACAGGCUUAUGAUGCUGUGAGAACAGCAGCUAUGGCAAUGAGUAGAUCCCAAGGGACAGCUCAUCACUUGUUUGAAUUCAUCAAAGUCGCUGAUUUUCAAGGAUUGGGAGGAAAUAUUCAGUUUAAACAUAGAAAAUUAGCCCCAGCCAAUACUUUUCAAAUAAUCAACGUGAUGGGGAGGAGUUAUAGGGAGUUAGGCUUCUGGUCAGUUGAAUUAGGCUUCUCACGGGAGUUGGGGAAAAAUACAUCUACUAGCUCGUCGAUGAAAGAUCUUGGCCCAGUGUUUUGGCCAGGUGGAUAUUCGGAAACUCCUAGGGGAUGGGCUAUACCAACAGAUGCCAGGCCUUUGAAAAUUGGGGUGCCAACUAGUCCCAUGUUCAAGCAGUAUGUAAAUGUGGAAGGAGAUCAGAUAGGAAACAAUUUGUCUUUCAAUGGACUUGCAAUUGAUCUGUUUAAAGCAACCUUAGACAAUUUGUGCUUCCCUCUGCCGCACAAGUUCUAUGCAUACAGUGGAACGUACGAUGAUUUAGUGAAGCAAAUCUAUUUAAAGGAAUUCGAUGCGGCAGUAGGUGACAUAGCAAUAGUAUCAUCUCGUUACGAACAUGCCGAAUUUACGCAUCCUUACUCUGAAGCAGGACUUGUGAUGAUUGUUCCUACAAUAAAUAAUAGAAGUAAUAGAGCAUUGUUGUUCACAAAGCCCUUUACUUUGACCAUGUGGAUUGUAAUCUCUGUGGUAAAUGUCUACAAUGGAUUUGUUGUUUGGUUUAUAGAACGAAAUCACGGUCCUGAACCCGAAGGUUCGAUGUUUAGUCAAGCCGGAACCAUGCUUUGUUCAUCCUUCACCACUCUCUUCUCCUUGCAGGGUAAUAGGCUGCACAGUAACUUGUCGCGGAUGACCAUGGUGGUCUGGUUAUUUGUGGCACUUGUGAUAACUCAGAUAUACACAGCCAAUCUUACUAGCAUGCUCACUAUUCAACAGCUUGAACCGACUAUAUCGAACAUUGAAACUCUCCGAAGAAUGAAUGCAUUUGUGGGAUGUGGCAGAGGAUCCUUUGUCAAAGGAUAUUUGGAGACAGUUCUACACUUCCCUACAGAAACCAUAAAAAACUACUCCACACCCGAUGGUUUAGCUGACGCUCUCAGAAACCAAGAGAUAGCAGCUACAUUUCUUGAAGUUCCUUUUGCAAAACUUUUCCUUGCAAGAUUUUGCAAAGAGUUCAUGAUUUCUGGGCCAACCUACAAAGUUGGAGGAUUUGGAUUCGCAUUUCCAAGAGGCUCUCUGUUGUUACCAUAUGUGAACCAAGCAUUGCUUAAAGUAUCUGAAACAGGAAAGUAUAGAGAGUUGGAGGGCAGCAUGAUUGCUAGUGAGAAAUGUGAGGAUGGGGAAGGAAAAGAUGGAAGUCCAAGCCUCAGCCCUAACAGCUUCUUUUUACUAUUUGUACUGAGUGCAGGAGUAUCAACAAUAGCACUCACAUUGUAUGUCUAUAAUGCUACUCAUAACUCUAAUCUUCAACAAAAUACUAUUUGGAGAUUGAUGAUAGCUGUAAUGAGAAAAUGGGGGAAUCAUAGAAGACGAUUUUCUCGACGGGUUAGUGAAGAGCCACAUACCAUUCCGAAUAACUUUCCAAACGCCACAAACAUGCAAAGUCUAGCGUAGGAAAUUGUAUAUAGGAUUGGAAUGACUUUCCAAGUGCUUAUAACGCACUUUUUUAAUGUUUAAAAACUGUUUUUAGCACUUGACAAGUCAUUUCAAACAUAUCUUAAUUUAUCAUGUUACUAAGUUAUGAGAAGGAAAAUGAAAGUGCUCUAUAGUAAUUCUAAGGAUUAAAAGUUCUAGAGCAACUUCGAUCUUAUUAUUGAAGAUUAGGAGAAAGAUUGAAUAAACGAAAAAGAACUCC